AUGAAGGAGCCUCCCCAAUACCGGGUGAAAAGAAUAAAGGACAUCGAAACGCCAGCCACGACCAUCCUGACCAAUGACAUACAACCAGAAUAUAUCAACUUGGAGUUACUGCGAAAGAUAGAGAAGAAGAAAUUUAUCCUGAACUGCCCACUACAGGAGGUAUACAAAAACUUGGAUAUAUAUACAAAGGCGAAAGAAUAUUAUUUUUCAAGACAUGGAGGAAAAAUGAGCAAGUCGUACCUUCACAGCUUCUCCGACUUUGAAAACAGCUACAGAUAUAUGAACGUGAGAAAUAUUUUGACAAAUAAUUUUUCCAUAAAUAUUAACAAAAACAUAACGAUGAAGCAGAAUAACCACACGGUCAUAUUUUCCAUAGACGACUUUUGCAGAUGUGUCCAUAUCUUCGAGCCAGACAUUUUCUGCAUUCCAUCGGAGGAGAUAAAAACAAAUGAAGAGGUGGGAAAGAAGAGAAAAAUACGAAUAAUCACACUAAUGGAGGAAUUUUUAAAAAAAAUAAAAAGUGUCAAGGAUAACCAACUCGGGGGAGACUCCGUCUGUAUUGUGACCGUGCCGUCCACUAUCCAUUUGGACACAGGCACGCUGGAGGAAAUGCUGAAUAAGUACGACACCGUCAUUGGGGGGUAUAUGCUAAGUGGGAUUGGUUACGACGAAUCGAAUGAAGAGAGAACCUGCCAUUUGAAUAGCAUUUUAGCGGCCCUACCGACAGACAAGUUGAAGCUAAUACAACUAAGUGUAGGCACCCCCAUCGAAAUUUUACACUCCGUUUAUCACGGAAUAGACAUCGUCGAAUCGAACUUCCCCUACGAACUGGCAAGAAAUGGAAAGGCUAUAAAUAUGCACAUAAAAAUGGAGACACUGCAGGAAAAUUGCAAAAACAAACUGCACGAUAUCAACCAUAUCAAUUUUGACAAUAAAGACAUCUUCAUUAUAGACUUAAAUGAUGCAAAAUAUGCUCUGGAUUAUUCCCCCAUAACGGAUAAUUCGCCUAGAAAUGAAACGAAGUCGUAUAUACACCAUUUGCUCAAGUGCCAAGAGCUCACCGCAAAUGUCGUUUUGUCCUACCACAAUCUGUACAUGUACAACUCGUUCUUUCGAGAAAUUCGAACGCAGAUAAGAAGUGGUAAUUUUCUGGGUUACACCAGCUGGUUCGUCGAGCGGCACCAACUGGGUUAG